AAAACUACUCGUCGUGCGUGAUGCGUCUAGCGGUCCACUGCCUCAACCAGGGACAGCGUUAGUUAGGCAUCAGCUGCCUUUCAGUCGCAGCAUCCGGCUCUGCGCCUUGGCUUCGCGACUGGACGUAACGCGUGCGUUAGAAGCGGCAGAGAGCAAUGGCACCCAAUAGGGGUUUUUGGGGCCGCGGCACGACUCAAGACGACUCCAUCUACGACCAACUAAUAUCAGAGGAGCGCCGCUCCGCCGCGCGCGCGGCCGGCCGCCGCGUCGGCGAUCUGCUGGAAGCCCAGGCCCUCGAGGCGGCGCUCGCGGCGUCGCGGCCCCAGCAAGACGAGGCGCGCCCCGAGACGCCGAGGACGCUCCAGGAGAGCGAGUCCGGCGAUAGUAGUGAUGAGGAAGCCUUGAUACCGCUCUUCGAGGACGCCCAGACAACAUUAGCUUGUGACGACGUCGACGACGACGCCUCUUUGUUGUUACAAAUGCCCGCGGAGCUCGCCGUGCGCGUGCUGGGCUACUGCUCGAUAGAAGGAGCGUUCUGCGGGGCGGCCGCGUGCAAGACGUGGUACCGGCGGUCGACGUCCGAGAUCCUCUGCGAGGUCUUGUGCCGGCGCCACUGGCGCACCUGCCGCCCCCAGCGCUGGGGCGGCUUCCGCCAGAUGCUAGCGCGCCGCGACCGCGUCCGUUUAUCUGGUUUCUACGCCCUGCGGCAGUCUCGCUCGAAGCCGGUCCGGCGCGAUAUGUGGACGCCGAAGGAAUUAGAUCAAGUCUACUGGGUCGAGGCGGCGUGGUGGCGCUGCCUGCGGUUCUUCGCCGACGGGAGUCUGAGAUAUUGCUUGUUUGCCGAACCGGAGGGCGGUCUACAGGCCGUCGCGCGCCUCGCGGCCAAAAGACUCGCGCCUGAGAUCACUCCGAGGCACCGCCGGGACGAGGAGAAGACGCACCGCGGCGCCUACGAGCUCAAACGGGGUUUGGUGGAGGCGACGGUGGAAGUGCCGCACGGCCGCGUCGGCUUCUGCCUGACGCUGACGCACGGCGCGCGGGGCCGCGGCGUCGGCCUGGAUUUGGACCGGCACUCGCAGGUCGAGAAGGGCGGGGUUAGUUUCGACCACCGCGUGCCCGAGGACCAGCGCGCGUUUACUUUUGUCGCGGUGCCGGCGUGGGCCUAGGCGGUCCUUUUGUUUUUUUUGUCGUCCCCGCACAUCUGGACAUAAUCAUUGUUUCGCUGU